AGUAAAAACACUUGUAAGACUAGAAUUGAUUAGGCUACGGUGAUCCUCAACGGGAGUAUCUUAAAUUAUCAGAAGGAAAUACCCAGAUAAGUGAACUCAAUGCAUGUACAGAGAAUCCCUUCCUAUUACAACCUUCAUUCUUCCAAAAUCAACCUUGUUAAUCUGUUGAAUAAUCCUCGUAUUUCUCUUGCUCUCUUCCUUCCGACUCCGUUCUCAAUUUCAUCAUUUUUUACAAGAAGAAGAAGUAAAACCACAAUGGUCACCGCCAGUAGCAGCGAAGGCGCCGGAGCGUUUACGACACUCGCUGACAGAGUAACGCACGAGAAAGAUAUAAAGAAGAGCAAAUUCAUCGCUAUUGCUUCUCCCGUUUAUAAUGAACAAUCUGCUCAUUCCUUCCUCUCCGAGGUCCGAGAUAAUCGUGCUACUCACAAUUGUUGGGCUUAUAAGGAAGUACAAAAAUUUAAGAAUUUGCAAAUUCUAUUACUAUAUCCCCUAAAAAGAUUGGGGAUCAAUAUCGAUCAAACGAUGAUGGUGAACCGUCAGGCACUGCUGGAAAACCCAUAUAUUCAGCCAUUGAUUCUUCGGGCAUUGAUAGAAUUAUGGUAUUUCGGUGGUAUCAAACUAGGUACCGGAGGCCUUGUUAGAGCUUAUGGAGGGGUCACCUCAGAAUGUUUGAAAAAUGCACCGACUCUUUUAGUUAAAUCAAAAGUUCCCAUGGGUGUAGAGGUUUCCUUUGAUCUUUUGGGGCUUCUGUACCACCAGCUUCAAUCUUUUCAAGCAGCAGAUGUCAAGCAAGAUUAUGAAACUGGAAAAGAUGAUACGACAAUGGUGACUUUUAAAGUUGAUUUUGAUAAAGCUGACAGUGUAGAAGAUGCUAUUAAAGCUAGUUGUGGCAGAGAUAUUUUAUUUUUCAAGCACUGAAAUGGCAAGUUGAAAACUGCAUUUGUAUAUUAUGCUUAACCAAAGCAAUUGCUAGUUUCGUCACAAUUCUCCUUCAGCAUCAGAUGCUAAACAGCCAUCAAGCGUCUAUGAAGUUCUUUUUUUUGCCAUGAGCAUCUACCGGUUGGUAUGUAUUAAGUUGCUAUAUACUUUCUCUGUUUCACAAUAGUUCCAUCAUUUUGACUUUCUACAAUAUUUAAAUAUUAAAUUUGA